AGAGGUAACUGGCGAGACUGAGGCAGGUGGGGGAAAAAGAGAUGCCCGGAGAGAGAAACUCAGCAGCUGUCAGGUAACCGUGUCCUUUCGGAAAACAACAAGCACUCCUUCUCAGUCUCUUGUUGUGCAAUGAUAGCGGCACUGACAACAAGACAACAGAAUGGAGUCCAAAUCCUACAAUCAGCCUGCCUGGUGGUCCAAGUCAGCCAUCUAUACACUCCUGUUAGGAGGUGCCUUUGUUACUCUGGGAUCAAGUCGUAUUCUCCUGAUGAAAUACUCUGCCAAUGAAGAUAACAAGUAUGAUUAUCUUCCUGCAACUGUGAAUGUGUGCUCAGAGUUAGUGAAGCUGGUGCUCUGUCUGAUAAUGGCACUCUGGGUAACCAGGAAAGGAGGCUAUUCUCAUAGUGGAUUUGGCUGCAGCUCAUGGAGGCAAUUCUGUAGCUACAUUAAAUGGUCAAUACCUGCCUUUCUUUAUUUUUUGGAUAAUCUUAUUGUCUUUUAUGUGCUCUCCUACCUCCAGCCAGCCAUGGCUGUGCUGUUCUCAAAUUUUGUCAUUAUAACAACUGCUCUCCUGUUCAGGAUAGUCCUAAAACGGCAGCUCUCCUGGGUGCAAUGGGCCUCUCUGCUGAUUUUGUUCCUGUCUAUCAUAGCCCUUACUGCAGGGACUGGAAGCAACCAUCAUAGCUUGGCAGUGCAUGGAUUUCACCAUGAUGUUUUUUUCAGCCCAUCUAACCACUGCCUGAAGUACACUAAGCCAGAGGACAAGUGCUGGGGGACAGAAAAUUGCACAGCAUUGUGGAUCUUACCCAGUUUCACAUGGAACAUCACCACCACUGCCACAGGAGUCUUGAGACCACUGCAGCUUGGUCUAGGACAUCUGCUCAUACUAUUGCAGUGCUUUAUUUCUGCUCUUGCCAACAUCUACAAUGAAAAGAUACUGAAAGAAGGUGGCCAGUUCAGUGAAAACAUCUUUGUGCAGAACACUAAGCUGUACCUCUUUGGAGCUAUGUUCAAUGGCCUGAUACUGGGCCUGCGCACUGAACAUCGAGGCCAGAUAGAGUUCUGUGGGUUCUUCUAUGGUCACAACACAUUCUCUGUAGCCCUUAUUUUUGUCACUGCUUUUCUUGGGCUCUCAGUGGCUUUCAUCUUGAAAUUCCGAGACAACAUGUUUCAUGUUCUGACUGCCCAAGUUACAACUGUGAUCAUAACCACUGUGUCUGUCUUUGUUUUUGACUUCAAGCCUUCUAUGGAGUUCUUCUUAGAGGCUCCUGUGGUACUUUUGUCCAUAUUUAUCUACCAUUCCAGCAGCCCUCGAUGCACAGAAUAUACUACACAGUGGGAGAGGAGCAAACUUGGAGGAGGUACAUGGGAGCGCUCCAGUGGGGAUGGAGAAGAACUUGAGAGGCUCACCAAACCAGACAGUGAUCAUGAUUCAGAGGAAGAGACCUUAUAGUGUUACGAUUCUUGAGUUUUAGACACUUCUCAGUAGAAGAAAGGAGUUCUGCAGUUUUGGGGAAGUACAGCCUUUUUCAUGCAAAAAGGAAGAAAGCUCUUUUAUUUUUUCACUACAGUAGAAUUUUAACUUGCCUUUUGACCAAGCUGUUCAAGAAAACAUAUCUAACUGUGUGAUCCUUCUGCAACAGAGAUCAAUUGCUGUGGUAUGGAUGCAGAUGGGUCAAAACUGGAAGCAUCACUUUGAACCCAAAUGUAUUAAGACUCCUGAUUGUUCCAUGUCAGUAAAAAGAGGGGUUAUUGCCAUCCAAGCUGAUCUGAGUACCUCAGUUCAAAGUUGUUAUGAGGUUCAGACUUGAUGGGGCUAAAGAGCACUCCAGGCUAUUCCAGGGGCACACAUCCAUAUGGCAUCAAACUGUAUUUGAGGUUACUGGAAUAUUGUGUUUACUUGUGUCAGGAGCACUUCUCACAACAAGUACUGUAUGGCAAAUUUCUCUGUACUGCUGUGCAUAUAUUUUGCAAGGAACCAAGACCACUCAUGGCUUCUGGGUAUAUAUACAUCCAUAAUGCAUGCUGUGUGUCUGAUGCACAAUUAUGUUUUUAGGUGUACAUGUAAAAUAUAGGAGUACCUUAAAAAUGUAAUGUGUCAAGUAGCCCUCAAUGAUGGAUGCAAUUGCAAUAUAUUAGUAAAAGUCCUGUCCAAGUUUAAUCCUAUGUGUUAAUGGGACUGUAAAAGUGUUUUAAAUGUACUGUUUUACAUUCUGUAGCCUUGAGAAGAAGAGUUUUCAUUUGAAUUUCUAGUAUUUCCUUUAAAAACUCAAAAUCAUUUUGUUUUGUUUGAUCACAAAUCCAACUGUGAGAUCCAUAUUAAAAUUAUGUCCAAGUAUAAAUUUGUUAUGCUGUGGUAGAAUAAAUGGAAAAACAGGUUCCAAGAUAAAGGUGUGCAGUAAAUGGACAGUAAGAUAACUACAUCAGAAUAAACAACAGAAUUUGUGCAUUUUAGUCCUACCAUAGUGAUAAUUUUGUUGUUUAUAAAAAAAGUUGUGCCCUUAUUUUUAAAAGUUAUGUGGUAGGAAGCAUUUAACAUUCCACAAAUAUUUUACAAAUCUUCCCACUUGAAUGCAGUUGGGUCAGAAGGUAGCUCAAGUAAAUGUGCUGAAACAAUGGCAAACUCAUCCAUAAGGAACUGCUACUGUUCCUGGGCAUGUGACUAGUGAUGUGUUGCCUAGUAAUAUUCACAAAUCAGGUGCUGCAUGCACAGAAGGUGGGCACCACGCCCUGUUUUCAGGGUAUGUCACAGGUUCUAUUGGAAACUUCAAUGUAGAUACUGUCCAUACCUAGAUCUCUACUAGGGGCCAUACAAGAUGUGAAGUUUGAAUCUCAACCCAACUCUAAUUCCCCUCAGUCAGAUUGCUAGAAACUAAUUUCCCAUGCAUCACAGGGGAUAAACUGGAUGGGGGGGUGUUCAGCCUUCCCUCAGUGCUAUUUUCCCAAUGUAAGUGGCUGGGGAGUUUGGGGGGCUUUAUUUGCCCCCUGUGGAUGUCUGCACAUACAGCCCACAGUACAGUCUUUCUCUGCUUAUGCAUAUUGCAACUGUACAGUGUAUCUCAGGAAGAAAAACUAAUAGGCACAGGCAGUGAUAAAUUAAAGUGAAACAAAAUACUACAAAGAAUAACCAUGAUGCAAAUACUCCCUAAAAUUAUAAAACAUCUUUAAUCUCAUUGUGAAUGUGAAUAGGGACAAUGAAUGGCUCUUCUGCAGCCGUAAGUGGUGGGAAAGGCCCUAUUUUGGGCCCCAUAAAGUCUAUGCCAGAGACUGUGGAACCUGUGUGGGCAAAAAACCCACAUGAGACAUGGACUACUUCCCACCCUAGUCCUUGCACCAGUGGGAUAUCUGGUAGGAUCCAAGCCACUGUUUCUAGCUUAACAGGAUGUUCAGUUGGUAUCCAGACUGAGAAAAUGUGUAAAAAAGAAAUAGUGUAAAUGUGGACAAGAACUUGAAAUUAUCCUGAUAUUCUUUUGCAUAAUAUAAUCUGGGAAUCUUGAUAGCACUUGAAUGGCUUAUGUGGGCUUUCCACAACAUUUUUAUGUUUCCAUCUUGAUUUCCCUUCUGUAAAAUGGGGACUGAAGGAUUGUUACAUAUCUUUCUUGCAGAAAUAUUGUGAUGUGGACUGUGAUAAGUGUGAUGUAGGCUGUGGUAAGUGGUGUUAUAACAAUACAAACUGCUGCAGUUGUACAAGUAACACACGUCUUGUGUGUAGAUGGAAAAGCCUAGCUUCGUUGGGCAGCUUCAGUUCUUUAUGACACUCCUACAGUUCAAAGUAUUUUCAAUCCAUUUUAAUGAAGCAUCUUUUAGAACCUGGCUUGUAAAGUCCCUUAACUGUGUUUCCUCGUGAGAAAUAUCAUUAGAAAUGAGGCUAUAAAUUAUAGUAAAAUGUGACUAAAGCUGGUGUGUUUUAUAUUAACAGUGGGUUUAAUUCUGAUUUGGUAUUACCUUUUGUAAAAACCUGGUUUCUGACAGAAUUGUUCAGAUGUCUGCUCAUAUAUCUGAGAAGAUAGGCUUUCUGUUACUACCUGCCUUUUAUUAUUUUACUGUGUUCUUUAAGGGACUCAUCUGGACUGCCAACUAGUGCCUGGGUUUAACCAAAACAUGGGACCCCCUUUGUGUUGAAUUUUAAUAUUUACAGUGCUAUGCCAUAAGGCCAAAUAAAUGGAAAUGUGCUAAUACAGUGAA